AUGCGCGCCAUGCACAGCCUGCUGCGCCUGCGCCUGCGGCUGUAUUGGCGCCCGCGCGGCUUGGCCACUCGCCCGCACUUCCCCAGCUUCAAAGCGGACCUGCCCCCGGAGGUGGCUGCGCCCGGCUUCGGCCACUCGGGCCUUCCAACUUCGGAGGAGUUUGGGGAGAUACUGUUCGAGGAUCUGCCGGAGGAGUUUGCCAAAGAAGCCUUCGAGGCAGAGGAGCCGGUUGUGAGGCCUCUGCCCCGGGAAGCGCCGCUGAGCGACGAGGAGCUGCGCGAGGCCAAUGUGCUGACCCUGUCCAGGGAGGAGUUUGUUUGGGCCGUCGGCCGCGCUGCCACCAUUGGCCUGCCCGCCACUGCCCGGCUUUGGCGCGACCUGCCGCACGCGAUCCACGCCUUUGGGGCCAAGGAGCUGAGCGAGUCGGAGCUGUGCCGACUCCUGCAGGCGCUGGCCUAUGCCCCGCGCGACGUGGCGCUCGACAAGCCGCUGCUCCGAAGACUCUUCAAGGUCUUCGCGCUCCGCGCCAAGGCUUUCUCGGAUGAGCAGCUCAUGCGAGUGCUCUACGCCUACGGCAAGCUGGCCGACAAGCGCGGCAUUCAGAUCCCGGAGUUCAUGGACUUUGCGACGAGCGAGGUGGUUGAGCGCGAUGCCUCCUUGAAGCCUUGGCGCAAGGUGCGGAUCUUGGAGUCGGUGGGGGCGCUGCCAGAGGCCGGCGCGGAGUUCAAGUCCCUGAUCGUGGGCCAGAUCCUGAAAGCCGGGGCCCAAUCCUUGGACGCGGAGCGCUUCGCUGAGUUCGUGCCCAUGGCGGUGGACGCCAAGCACACGGAGCGCGAGGGCACCGCGGAGAAGCUGAACGCGGUGCUCCGGCGCAAGCUGAAACACAUCCACUUCAGCAAUCCAGACUUGAUCCUGGCCUGCGGCAUGCCGAUGUUCUUCUUCGAUCUCAUGAAGACCUCUGUCCUGUCGCGCUGGCUGGACCGCUUGGCGCGCCUCGACCUGCCACUUACGGAGGGCGCAAGGGUGCGAACGGGCCUGGCCUAUGUCGACGUUGACGUGGAGGACACGCCCAGGAGGCGUGCAAAGAAGCCGCGAAAUCAGGACUGGCUGCAGCCCGCAGACGCUAAAAGGGCCACCAAGAACCUGGAAGCCCUCAAGCAGGUGGAGCUGGUCCUCCGGCACCAGCGCGAGAGCAGCAUGGAGUCCCUGACGCCCCCAGGGCUCCGCCUGCUGAAGCGCGCCAGGGACCUGCCGCUGCAGCCGCCUCCCCAGUACGACAUGCCAGAGCUUCCUCACGUUUAUGCGGGGCUGUCCAAGCUCUUCCGAAAGUUGGGAGUGUUGCUCCACCCCACGGUCUACGGGCCCUACUUGCUGGAGCUGGCGGACCCCCUGGGGCAGCUGGCGGUGGAGUGGGACAGCAGCUGGCAGCUCUACCCCCCCUGGCGGCGCGCAAGGCACCAGGAGUUCGUGCAGAGAAAGCACUUCCACCUGCGCGCGGAGGGCUGGAAGGUCUUGGAAGUGCCGCUCGCGAAGUUCCAGGCGUUGUCCAGGGAGGAGGAGCUGGGAUUCCUCGAAGAUUUCGCGAAGCGCUUGGAACACUUGCGUGUGGCGGCAGAGUCGGAAAGCGGCAUCCGCGGAGACAAGUCAGCAGAUGCAUUCCAGAGCCCCUUUGCCCAACUGCAUGUCACCGGGCUGAGGCGAAGAGUGGAGAUGACAGAGCUUCGAUUGCCCUCCAUGGACAGCUUGAAGCUUGAGAUGCGCUUCUCAGCCCAGAGCCUCGUCUACCACUUGCCCAGCCACAACACGCUGCUGCAGGCAGGGACUCAAAUCUCGCAAGCGCAUCAUGGGCUGCAGCUCCAGUGUAGCCACUGGUGGGGUGUCACCAUCCGAGUCGGAGGCACCGGCACGGUGGAGACCAAUGAGUCCGUGAGCUAUCGGGAGCCAGACGCCAGCUUCGUCUCUAUGGACUGGAUUAGUCCCUCGCUCGAUGGCCCGCCCACAGCCACGAGCCACCAGAAGCAUGUGAGGAGUCUCAACUUCUUCCUCAAGCGAUUAGAGGUCGACAAAACCAUCCUCAAAGACGAGGUGAAGCUACGCAGAAUGGACGCACCACUUUGA